AAGGCAGGCUGGCGAAGAAACAAGAGGCAGCUGGGGGAGACAGCGCCCUCCCCCUAUCACUUUUCCUUUUGUUCAUUUACUCAGCAGAGCUGGGAGUCAAUCACAGCCUUCCAGUGAACUGUGAACCCCCCCCUGCUUGAAAAAACACUGCAUUGGAUACGAGCCAGUCUCCUGGUGCUGGUUGUCCAGAAUUAAGGGCGGCUCGCUCAGUCAGUCUAGGGGGGGACACUCUCAUUCGGCGGUUUUCGUGUGAAUGCUGCUUUUAUUGUUGCAGAAAGCGCAGCAUUGGACAGCUCCUGGGUUCCGGAUUUCUGAAUGACCAGGAAAAACGUGCGGUGCCUCAUUGCUCCAAUCCUCACACUGGCAUGAAGGGGACGCGGGUGUGUGCAAGUGUGUGCGGCUCCAUGUGACUGGGUGCUGUCAGCUUUCCUCGGCUCUCCUGCAUCCUACACGGGCAGCCAAAGGGAGAGGCGGGGAGGCUGCGGUAGGACAGCAGCCCAGGGGCGGGAGGGAGGGAGCAAGAGCACCAAUAAUCAAUCGGCGUAGCGCAACGAGCUGGAUGAGAGGAAAGACACGGUCUUGUAAGGAUGAGAGGGGAGUGACGGGCUGGGGAGAUGCGUGAAGCAGCCAGUGCUAAUCCCCGCUCCUCCUAGAGAACAAGCAUUGUCUGCACCGGGGAGAAAGGAAGGCAGACGUUAUUGAGAUGAGCCUGCUAAAGCCAAGUGGGCUGAAAGCCCCCGGACGGGUCAACAAGCACUCCAGUUCCAGCUCCAGCCCAAUGGGCCGAGGCACUGCAGCGGCAGCCGGACCCAAGGAAGGUUCCCCCGUGCACAAGCAGGCUUCUGCCCCCACGUGUGGUGAAAGAUUGACAUCAAAGAAUGCCGAGAUGGGAGAUGACUGCAUUGGGGAUUUUGCCAUUGGAGACCGUAUCUGGGUGAAUGGUUUGAAGCCAGGCAUCAUACAGUUCCUUGGCGAGGCACAGUUUGCCCCCGGUAAAUGGGCUGGCGUUGUCCUCGACGAUCCAGUGGGGAAGAAUGAUGGAUCAGUCGGAGGCGUGCGGUACUUCGAGUGCGAAGCUUUGCAAGGUAUUUUCACAAGACCCUCGAAGCUGGCACUGCACCCCUCGAGUGACGGUGCCGGGAGCGAUGCGCUUUCCGGCGAGUCCGUUACGUUUCCAGUGUCAGCCUCGCAUCAUGGCACUGCCACCCCACCGCUCUCCACUCAGCGCAUCAACUGCACCAUUCCUUUGAGGGAAAGCAUUUUGAACAGCUCCAUGAAGACUGGGAACGAGUCGGGAUCAAACCUGUCCGACAGCGGAUCUGUAAAGAAAGGGGACAAAGAUCUGAGAUGUGGGGAUCGGGUUCUGGUGGGCGGCACGAAGACUGGAGUGGUGAAGUACGUGGGGGAGACGGAUUUCGCCAAAGGUGAAUGGUGUGGAGUUGAGCUGGACGAGCCCCUGGGUAAAAAUGACGGAGCUGUUGCUGGCACAAGGUACUUCCAAUGCCCACCCAAGUUCGGUCUCUUUGCUCCCAUUCACAAGGUCAUGCGGAUUGGCUUCCCCUCCACCACUCCGGCCAAGAGCAAAAAGAGUAAGAGGAUGACCAUGGGAGUGUCGGCUUUGACGCAGAGCCCGAGCAGCUCCUCUAUAAGUUCCGUCAGCUCUGUGGCAUCUUCAGUUGGAGGCAGACCUAGCAGGACGGGACUGCUGACCGAGACGUCCUCUCGCUACGCCAGGAAGAUCUCUGGCACGACGGCCUUGCAGGAAGCUCUCAAGGAGAAACAGCAGCACAUCGAGCAGCUGCUGGCAGAACGAGACCUGGAGCGAGGUGAGGUUGCCAAGGCAACCAGCCACAUCUGUGAAGUGGAAAAGGAGCUGGCAAUCCUGAAGGCUACUCAUGCACAGUUUGUGACAGAGACUGAGGGGAAUCUUCAGGUUGUACGAACCAUGCUGACCAACACUGAAAAACAAAAGCACGAACUGCUAAACACCCUGGAAGAGGAGAAAAGGAAAAUAGAGGAUCUCCAGUUCCGAGUGGAAGAAGAAUCAAUUACCAAAGGAGAUUUGGAGACUCAAACAAAGUUGGAGCAUGCCCGUAUUCGGGAGCUCGAACACAGCCUGAUGUUCGAAAGGACCAAAGCUGGAAAACUCCAAAAGGAGUUUGAAGACACCCGGCUUACAACGGUUGCUGAAAAGUCCAGGAUCGCACAGCUUGAAGAUGAACUGAGUUUAAGGAAAUAUGAGAUUGAAGAACUGCAACAGAGACUGAGAAGCCCAAACUCCCCGGGCACCGCUGAGCACAGUCCCUUCAACCUACAGUCGGAGGCCCUCAAGCUGCGCGAACAACUAUUAUCCGUCACCAAGGAGCACCAGACAGAGAACGUCUUACUGAGGGAAAAGUACGAGGCCAGAUUGCAGGAGUGCCAGCAAGAGUUGGAGAAGUUGAAGGCCAGCGAUGAAAAAUACGCCCAUGAAGUCGGUGAGCUCCGGCAGAAACUCCACCAAGCAACCAGGGAGAACAUGGAGAUGAUGGACAACUGGAAGAACAAGUUGGACACGUUGGCGUCUGACCACCAGAAAUCUCUUGAGGAACUCAAGGUUUCAUUAAUUUCGGGCACUGAUGUGCACAACAGUGAGCUGGUGGAGCUAAGGGCCACCAUGGAAAGCCUAAAGAUGGAACGCCAGCUAGAGUGGGAGAACCUAAAGGCCAAGCAUGAAAUUGAGAUGGCGCUGCACAUAAAGGAGAAGGAGGACUUCAGAGUCAAGCUGCAAGAAGCCAGAUGUGAUCUGGAAGAAUGCAAUUCCAACUGGCGAAACAAGUUGGACACGACAGCAAGCCAAUACCGGCAAGAACUCCAGGCAGCCGUCGACCAGCUCCGCAAUGCAGAGCUAAGGCUCGGUGAGCAGGCGAAACUUCAGCUUGGGUAUAAGGACCAAGCACAGGCCAUCAGCUUCUUAAAAGAGCAGAUUUUCACGGCCGAGAGGAAAAUGAUGGACUAUGAGGCGCUCCAGAAGUCUGAGAUCAAACACAAGCAAGAAUAUAAAACCCUACAGGAGAAGCUGCAAGCAAUGGAGGCUCGGCACUCUUCCGAAGCCAUGGACAACAAUAACAUCUUGAAAGAGAAAAUGAAAAUGAAGCAAUCAAUGGAAGAUUUAUUGGACAACCUCAGUAAAAGGGAAAAGGACGUCUCUUCAAUGUCGUCGCAGAUUGAGUUAUUAAAAACCCAGGUUGUCGCUCUGGAACACAAGUCGAAAUCUUCGGAGAAAAAGGUUGACGCAACCACGAAGGAAAAAGUCAAACUGGAGAUGGAGCUGGAGGCCUUGACCCGCAAAUCCCACGACGCCUCCGGACAGCUUGUCCUCAUUAGUCAGGAGCUGCUGAAAAAGGAGAGGAAUCUAAACGAACUCCGCUCACUGUUACUGGAGACCAAUCGUCACUCCUGUGCCGGAGAAAAGGACCUCAGCCGGGAAGUUCAUAAAUCUGAGUGGAGAAUGAAGGAACAGAAGCUGCAGGAAGACAUCAAGGUCCUCCGAGAGAAACUCUAUGUCCUUGGUACUGAAAAGUACAAACCCGAUCAGAAACGGCGGCCCGUUUCUCUGCAAGACACCGAGACCGACACCGAGAUCUCCAAACUGCAACAAAGGCUGGUUAACACUGAAGAGGCCUUGCGCAGCGCCCUGGAUCAGAACCAGCAAAUGGAGAAACUAAUGCAAGCCAUGCAGACACUGGAUUGCGCCAGUUCAGCCAAUGGGGUUCAUCAACGGAGUCAACUUGAAGCCAUGACAGACAGCAGGUGCUUCAAGCAGGAGGAAUACUCGCGGUCACGCUCCCCCCAGCGCCAGAACGAUUCCUGCCGAGCGAAGCAGCUGCUGGUGACCGAAAACAGGAGGAUAGAAAAGCUCUUCAAGGAAAUAGAAGAGAUGAGUGUUUGUGCAUCCCCUGAAUCGCCCCAAUUGAAAGGCUCCGGAGAUCUUCCAGUCAGACAAUCUACGUCAAGUGAUCGAAGCGAGACUGCAGAAAAGGUCCAGCACUGAUGCAGAAUGCAUUCGCCGAUGGGAUGAGCCAGUUUGCUCGGUGCUUUGUGCAGAUAAUCAACUGGAAGACCCUUGUGUUUAUUUUUAAACUGCUUUUCACCAGCGAUAGAGCUUGGAGUUCGAAGCCCCUGUGUCCAUCCUGUAGCCACGAUAGGAGUGGAAAGGUGCCUCCAGAGCCAGUCAGUCGCCAUUAUCCAUCCAUAACACUGCAAACACCUAAAGCAGUCGAUACCCGCAUUCCUGCCCAAGUACAGUCCUCUUCGUUGACCAUUUUUCUUGUUGAUUUGCUCACGAGCAGAUCUUGAGCUUGAAGGAGGACUUUUUUUCUUUCUUAAUGAGGCCAAUAUGCAGUGUUUAUUAAAAGAGCAAACCCACAUUUGUCAGGCCAGAACCCAAUGGUUGGCACUACCUUUCGAGUUGCUGUUCCUGUCUCGGACGCCAUUCCCACGCAUUGUAUUCCCAGGUUCUCAGAUCGUGGCGGAACAAUCACCAAGUUGAGUGAUUGAGGAGGAAAAAAACACAUCCUGAUCAGCUUCAAGAUGCACAUUAAACCCAGCCCAUUCUGACAUGCAGGAAACAUUGUUCUGAAUGCUGUACCCGUGGAGAUUGUUUCACAGUGGACGUGAUGUACAAACACAAUUACCAAAUGUUAUUUAAUUGCAUGGGAGCUUGGAUUUGAGGCUGGAUUAGUGUGGAGAGCUUCACUCUCCACAGAACUCACCACUAACCAGAACAGCCGGUGCCCUGCCACCAUUAUGUAGCACUUUGUGGAGGGAAGCCCCUAUCGGACACGACUUGUACACGCCAAGGUCUUGCAACAGCAAUGAGAGAAGGGACUGGAAGAUAGAUCUUGACUGGAAGAAUCACAAUUGGCCAGGACACUGAAGAGGGCUCCCUCUUUGAAUAAUGUCGGGAGCUUUUUUUGUUUGCCCCCACUGCAAGGAUGCAGGGGCUUGGUUUAACAUGUCUCUCGAGCCAUAGCACCGACGGCUACACAUCACUGUGUUGGAAUCAGCUGGUAUUCAGAUUUGGAGAUGCCAGCACUCUGUCACAGCUAGCACCCUGAUGGAGAUACUUAGCCUCUGCUCUGUAUUCCAGGCAUGUCCCAGAGUACCUCCCCAUUUAGAUGUUUCUCUCAUCCUACAGUAAGUACUCCAGCGAUGGUGUCAGACCCGGAUGUUGGGGAAGCUUGUAGGGCCUGCCCCACUUGGGCGUCAUUUGUGUGUCGCGACAGGUGGCUCGCGAAGAUUUUGUGAAUCCCAAAAUCCUGGGGCGCCGCGCGCGACCACGCGUCACUGCCUACAUCACCGUGCACCAUGCGCGCGUUGUGCGUCGUAGCACGUAAAUUAUGACGCGCAAAUGACACCCAAGUUGGACAGGCCCUUGUUUCUCCACUACAGAUCUUGUUGUAGGCUCUGUUGUACCCGCCUGAACAGGGCAAUGACCUGCCAAUGACCAACGUCGCCAGUGCAAGGCUCUCUCGGGAUCUGCUGCGACCUUUGCCCUCAGCAGGAGCUCAAGGCUCAGAGGUAACCCUUGAUCCACAACCUUCUGGUUCGAGGAGCCAAGAUGCAGCAGACCUGGCAGUCCUUGGUACAGAUAAUGGUGUCCACCAUGGAUGUGUUCCAUUCCAAUUAUUCUCAGCAUGUUUACCCAAGAAUACCGUGUCUGUUGAUGUUGAGGAUGAUGUUCUACCAGGUUAUGUUGUGAUGGUGGGGUGAGGGGGAGCUGGUUUCCUGGGGGGGGACCAGUUGCUCCACAAGUUGCAGAACUCCUGUCUGGUAACGUCAGCAGUUCCCUUCACUACUGAGGUUUAAUUUUGGUUGGGUUUUUAUUGUCAGCUAUAAGAUUGGGGCAGUUUCAACAAGAAACAUUCAGCACACUUGUGCAUUUACAACUAUCCAUGGUCUGACCACCAAUGAGAUUCUUCACCAGAGGCUGCCAUGAAAAUCAACUACAGUGGUGACUGGAAGCCUGAAAUAUAAAUAGGAAAUGCUAGAAAUACUCAGCGGAUCACGCAGCGUCAGUGGAAGGAGAAGCAGUUAACGUUUCGGGUAAAAGACCCUCCAUCAGAGUCCCCAUUAAGAAAGAGCCUUUCAUCUGAAACAUUUGCCUCUUGUGCCGGUGCAGCCUGGCCUGCAGGGCAUCUCCAGCAUUACCUGUUCAUGGACCAGCCCUGCUAUCCUACACCUAAUGUGUGGCAGCUACCCCAUUGGUAUUUGCUGAAGGACGUUUGCAAAGAGUUGGUGCUCAUGAACCUCUCAUCAGAAACGAAGGCGCCUUACUCCCGUUUUUGUAGUUGACGUAUUGAAGGUCAUCACCUCGAAUAUGCCACUGAUUGUGGUUAAUGUUCCUGAGAAACUGUAGCCAAGGGGCAGCCACCCUAUUAAUUGCUGAAAAGGUUGUACUUGCCUUGUGCUCUUCCUUCCAGUGUGGCAAUGCCUUGACAAAAGCCAGCACAUUCCUCAUUGAUGGGGCUGUACCACAGUGGCAGGCAUCCUGUUCCAUCAUGUUAAGGUGGGUGGGGGGUAGAAUAAAGAAUCGCACUUGGCACUCUCCAGCUGAAAGCAUGGAUUCUAAGAUCCUCCUUUCUAGAGCUACCUCCCUGAACCUCCCCACCUCUUUCCCACUUUAGCCAAGCAUCUGCCCUAAAACCUCUUUAUUGCCCCAGUUUCAGGCAUUGUUUGGUAGUGUUCUUAUUACAUUGACAGCAUUAAAAGUAGGUUGGUGCUGUCCACAAUAUAGGGCACAGAAUGCUGGAGUAAUUCAGCGGGUCUGGCCAUAUGUGUCUGGCCAUAUGUGUCUGGACAUAUCUAUCCAUGCUUUGGGUCAAGUCCCAGCAUCUGAAUUGGUGCAGGCUCUCUCUUUUUUUUUUUAACUUCAUAGUGCAAUUGAAAAUGAUACUUGUGAUCCUGAGUCGUCAGAGUGCUGACUGUAAAUUUGUCCCAAAUGAUUAAAACCUAUUUUGUGAUGUGAAAUUCUAUGCAUAAUUUAAAUCCUGCAUUUGGUUUUUCAUCUAUCUCCCAGAAGAUUGUAACCCACAGUGAAUGAAUGGUGUGUAGAUAUAAUUUAUUAAUCUAGAUGUAGAUUGUUUUUUUAAGGUGUAACAUUUGUUUUGCCUUUUCAGUCAUAAUAUGAAGUGUUAAAUAAAGUGUACUAUUCCCAGAAGGCAUUACACAUGUUUCACAGGCAAGUACCUAACUGUGAGAAAACAACUGACAAUUUGCUUCAUGCAUUGCACCUGAUCUGUUGUACUUGACCAGCCUAAAUCCUGCCCUGUUUCUGCCCACUACAUGCUACAAACCACUAACAAUCUGUUAAUAAUAAUCAAUAAUUUAAUGAUAAUGGCAUUAUCCCUCUUGUCCAAAAGCUGGCUUCCAACAAACGCACGCAUGCGCACAUGCACGCACUGGAUUAACAUUAAAUGGUGUGUACAUGAUAUAAUAUUAGAAUGCAGUGUGGUAGUUCAGCUUUGUAUACUGUAACUAUACAGGGUUCCAGUGUGCGAAUGGCUUAAAGGUAGGGGCUACAGUGCAGAACCGUGAACUAGUGUAAGUUUGCUGACCGUUAGUUCCUUGGCUUUAUUGCUUAAUGAGAUCUGAAUGGAAACCUACCUGUAACAUGGUCUCCAAGCGUCAAUAGACGAUACUGUCCAUAGAAUUAAAUAUCUUGAGUUAUUUUGAACACUAACAAGAAUGGACAGUAUUGUAUUGGAAGGAACUAUGAGUCAGUUGUGCUUUGCCAAUAGUUGUAACCAUCCUUCAUUCUGAAGUGUUUCACUGUGACAAUUUAAAAAAGGUUUUUUUUCUUACAAGGGGUAUGACAUCCUUCAUACCCCAAUGAUCUAUUAUGUCUUGCCACAUUGUGUCUCUCUGAUUGCAAAAAGGAUGAAUUAGACCAGGCAAUGAGCUCUUGGGUUUCAAAGAGAGGCCUUUCCCUAUUUACUUGCUUAGAGAGACCAACGUGGCCAUUCUAGCCUCCUGGUUGUAUUCUGCGCCCCACCCAUAUCCCCUUCCUGGGUAUGACUGCAUUGCUGCAGGUGGAAAUUGGCAAGAUCAGGGGAUGGGAGUGGAGCCUUUGUCCCUCCAUUCAUGUGCUCCAAUCUUGAUUCUGUUCUUCCAACAGCAGAGCUGACUUUAUGCUCUGUAUCUGUAUGUUAACCCCCUAUACACAUUCUGGCAUUUUGAUCUUAAAUGGGCUUUACAAUGAGAUUGCUUAACUGAUUCAUAUAAUGAAGCUUCCACGAGGGACUACUGCAGUGCUGUAGUAAAUAAAAGCAGUCUGCAUUUAGCAUUUGAUUCCUAGGUAAAUGUGUAGAUAACCAGCCCCCCCAGCCUGUUGCUUCUGCUUGUCACCUAGAACACUUUUCAUGAAUCAAUCUGAUGGGACUGUUGCCGGAAUAAGUGUUGCCAGAAUCAGAGGUGCAGCACCAUGUGGGAGUCUCCUUUAUAUCUACUGUCAUAUAGUGAAGAUACUGUCUAGAACCUUUCUCCUUAUCUCAAUUCCACACUUGUGCAGAGGUGAGGUGCAAUGAUCCAACCAUACUCCAGUGCUUAUGAUGCAGGCUACAGUCAGGCUCAACAGAAUUCUCAUUGUUGUCUUAAUGUGUGGAGCUGGUUGUGAAUAUUUAAUCUUUAACACUCAGUUAUGGCUAAUACUUAUUACAGUAAACUGCAUGGAGAUGUACAUGUGUGAACCUUGUUUUCAAAAUAAAAUGAAUCCUGUUUUC